AUCAAAAGUCUAUGGCUCUCGUUUAACUGAGAUUUAUAUGAUCUAAACCAACUGCACUCUACUCACCCAAGAUUAAUUCUCCCUCGAGUUCAAUUUCACCGGAAAUGUUGAACUCACAGUUUUUUCCGCCGUUGCAUUUUCUUGUUCUUCUAUGGUUUAUAUUCAUGGCCUUCGUCAAGAUUCAGCCAUCUUUAAGCAGUCCUUCCAUAUCCCAACCUAAUUGCAGUCUUCCAUUCAGAUGUGGGAACUUCACAGCCGGUUAUCCUUUCUGGGGACGUGACCGACCUAGUGGUUGUGGCCAUCCUGACCUAAAGCUCUAUUGUGUUUGUGCUGAUAUGUGGGAAUUGACCUAUCAGGGCGACAAUUGUACAACUUAUAGGCCUACCAUGGAGAUCAAUGACGUAGCCUACAGUAUUUUAAAUAUUGACGAGAAAGGCCAAAUUCUCAGGAUUGUAAGACUGGACUACCUGAACGGAAUUUGCUCACCUUCAUAUUUCGACAACAGCACCAAUUCUUCACUUCUUAAUUAUGAUCCUGGGUAUGAGCUACUUACUUUAUCUUACAAUUGCCAAGGAUAUGCAUCUUCUCCGGCAGUACACUUCACUUGCUCUGAAAAUAAUAGUCAUUAUGACGAUUUAUACGUAGCAGAAGGUCUUACCGCUACUCUGGAGAAUUGCCUGUACGUUAUCAGGAUUCCAGUUUCUAGAAGUUUAUAUUCAACAGUGAGGGGAAAUUCAUCGGUUUUGAAAGAAGCCAUAAAAGAAGGAUUUCAGCUGAAAUGGACCGUGGGCGGCAUCGGAUGUGAGGAAUGCAAAUCUAAUGGAAGUUGUGGUUACGAUCUUCUGUCGAAUCAGACAUUUUGCUACUGCCCCAAAGGACCAUCCUUCGCAUCAUGUUCUACCUCAUCACUGGCCUAUUUGGGCCCAAAAGAGCCUUCACCUUCAUCAGGAUCAUUUUUGAACAAGAGAAGAAUAAUUUUCAUAGGCGUUGCAGCUUGUGCAGUUGGCAUACUGAUAAUCCUCUCUAUAUUUCUCAUGAGUGGCCGCCUUCGACGAAAGCUUACAUUAGAUAAGGUUGUCUUCUUCUGGAAGGAUAAAACAGAGAACCAUGAAAACAUAGAGGCCAUUGUUAGAAAUUACGGAUCUCUUGAUCCAAAAAGAUAUAAUUUUUCUGAUAUUAAAAAUAUGACGAAAUCAUUCAGCAAUAAACUUGGUCAAGGUGGCUAUGGCGAUGUUUACAAAGGAAUGUUACCGGAUGGUCCUCUUGUAGCUGUCAAGGUCUUGAAGGAAUCUAAGGGUAACGGAGAGGAAUUUAUGAAUGAGGUUGCUAAUAUUAGCAGAACAUCCCAUGUAAAUAUAGUCACUCUUCUUGGAUUUUGUUGCGAGAGAAAUAAAAAAGCUCUAAUUUAUGAAUUCAUGCCUAACGGGUCUUUAGAUAAGUUCAUAUAUGAUCAAGAAUCUUCAAGUAUGAACCAAAAAUUGGAAUGGAAGACAAAGUUUCAAAUUGCAGCGGGAAUUGCAAGAGGACUAGAGUAUUUACACAGAGGUUGUAGCAUCAGGAUUGUACAUUUUGAUAUAAAACCUCAAAACAUUCUUUUGAAUGAAGACUUUUGCCCAAAGAUAUCUGAUUUUGGGCUUGCUAAACAAUCCAAAAAUAAAGAAAGUAUCAUAUCAAUGUUGGAUGCAAGAGGAACUGUUGGUUAUAUUGCUCCGGAAGUAUAUAACAAAAACUUUGGAGGAGUCUCUCACAAAUCGGAUGUCUAUAGUUAUGGAAUGAUGAUUCUUGAAAUGGUGGGAGGAAGAAAGAGUAAUGAUGUUACAGCAUCUCGCACUAGUGAAAUAUAUUCUCCACAUUGGUUAUUCAAGCACCUUGAACCAGGCAAAGAAGAGGACUUUAAACUUCAUGGGGUUGUUACUGAAGAGGAAGAAGAGAUGGCAAAGAAGAUGAUCUUCGUAAGCUCGUGGUGCAUUCAAACUUUUCCAUCUGAUAGACCGUCAAUGACUAAGGUUGUGGAAAUGUUGGAAGGUAGCCUAGAAAACUUGCAAAUUCCACCGAAACCUUCAACGUCUUCUCCAACAAUGUCGCCGCCUAAGCAUCUUCCCCUGCAACAUCACCAACAUAAACUUGAAUCACAGGAAGAAACCAGCGGUAAGCCGGGUGAUAUGUGAAAUGUACUUAAAUUUGUAUAACGAUUAAUCUGUUCAAAAACUGAACCAAUUCUUAGAACUGUAAACUGGAGCAGAAAUAAAUUGUGUUGUCCGGUGAUUAUUUACACAGACAAUGCUCGGUUUCUAUUAGGUUCAAGUUUAGAAGGUAAGUGUACACUGUACAUUAGGGAGUUUUUGUUUGCCCGGGUAGUAUCGCAUCAAAAGUUAGGAUUGCAUUUGCAUUAAAAAAAGUUGAGGUGUUUGGAAACG